UCAUUGUUCUGUUUUUAUUUUUUGUGUUUUUUUUCAGCGUAAGCACAUUAAUAUAUAAAAGAUCGAACAAUUCAUAUUUGUUUAUCAGUCAACGAAAAGUUAUAUCCGAAUAGUGAUUACAAUGAUGGAUAAAUUUUUGCUGGUUGUACUGGUUUUGCAUUGUUUAGUUGUGACUUUUACUUACGGAUUCCCCACACCGUGUAAAGAAGUUGGCGAGGAUUGCAGUGGAGAAACUGGUCCACAGAAAACUUGUCUAGAAGAUUGUGAUGAGUAUGGUAGUAUCUGCAAAUUAGUUUGUUUGUCAGAAAAUGAAGCCAAAAUCUUACAGUGGACAGAGGAAUUGACCGGAACGGGAUACGGAAGCGAAAAUGUAUAUAAAAGAGUAAAACGAGCAAAAAUCAAAAUAAAGAUUAAAAAAAAUAAAGUCAAAAUUAAAUAUAAGAGCUAGGAAGAAAACAACAUGUCGUCGAAGCUUGCCCGUAACAUAAUAAACGGUCUUGCAGAUAUAGCUGAUGUAAAACAUUUAAACAUUGAACUGUGUAUUAUAUUUUGUUGAACAGAAAG